CAUUUUUCGCGCACAUGUAUUUUCACACAUGUUUUCAACACAUGUGUUAGUACCAAAUACCUCUAGGUAAUUUAUACGUUUAAAACUUGUGAACUAAGUUUCUAAGUCACAGUGAUCCGUGAUCCAGCAGACAUUGACUCCACUCUUUCACCCUUUCCACCAGAAGAAGGUAAUUAAGACCCCACAUUUCUUUACUUUCCCCAUCUUUUAAUGAAUGAGACCAGUCUAUAAAAAUACUCCAUCCUAGUUCACUCUUAUGCAUCACAUACCAUUGUUCUCCAUAACACAUACACUAUAUCUCUCUCUAGCUUUCUCUUGCAUUUUUGCUCUAAGUUUUGCUCCUUUCUAUUAAAACAUGGGAGAAGAAAGCUCACUUGUAGUAGCUCAAGCAGUCCAAGAUGCACCCAUCAUUUCAUCCUACAAUGAUCGUAUUCGCCCACUCCUCGACACAGUUGACAGCCUCCGUCACCUUAUGAUCACAAGAGAAGGCAUUCAGCUCCCCACCAUUGUCGUGGUUGGGGACCAGUCCUCAGGAAAGUCAAGUGUUCUUGAAUCACUUGCCGGUAUCAACCUUCCCCGUGGCCAGGGAAUUUGCACAAGGGUGCCUCUCAUAAUGAGGCUCAUGCACCAGCCAACUCCUGAACCUGAUCUUUCCUUGGAGUUCAAUGGUAAAGUUGUUCGAACCGAUGAAGAACAUGUUUCUGAGGCUAUAAAUCUUGCCACAGAGGAGAUUGCCGGGUUCGGGAAGGGGAUUUCCAACGCUCCUUUGACAUUGGAGGUGAGAAAAAAUGGUGUGCCUGAUUUAACUAUGGUUGAUCUUCCUGGAAUUACUAGAGUGCCAGUCCAUGGUCAGCCUGAAAACAUCUAUGACCAGAUAAAAGAUAUUAUCAUGGAGUAUAUCACUCCUGAAGAGAGUAUUAUACUCAAUGUUCUAUCUGCAACAGUGGAUUUCACCACUUGUGAAUCUAUCAGGAUGUCACAGAUGGUGGACAAGACUGGUGGACGGACUCUUGCUGUUGUUACUAAGUCUGACAAGUCUCCUGAAGGCCUUCUUGAGAAGGUUACUGCUGAUGAUGUCAAUAUUGGGCUUGGCUAUGUCUGCGUUAGGAAUCGGAUAGGAGAAGAAUCUUAUGAAGAGGCGCGAGUGGAAGAGGCUAGACUUUUUGAAUCACAUCCUCUGCUUUCCAAGAUUGAUAAAUCUAUUGUGGGGAUUCCUGUUCUGGCACAAAAACUGGUGCAAAUUCAAGCAGCUAGUAUAGCUAGAAAUUUGCCAGCUAUUGUGAAGAGCAUUAAUGACAAGUUGAACUUGAACGUUGCUGAGGCGAAAAGAAUGCCCCAGAAGAUGUCAUCUCUUACUGAGGCAAUGACAGCUUUCAUGCAGAUUAUUGGAUUAGCCAAAGAAUCAUUAAGGAAAAUUCUUGUGAGAGGAGAAUAUGAUGAAUACCCAGAUGAGCAAAACAUGCAUUGCACUGCUCGGUUGGUUGAAAUGUUCAACCAAUUCUCCGAUGAACUUCACAAGCAUGCUGAAAGUGACCCUGCAGAGAAAUUUUUGAUGGAGGAGAUUAUGGUUUUGGAGGAAACCAAGGGUAUUGGACUGCCGAAUUUUCUUCCCCGCUCUGCCUUCCUUACUAUCCUACAGAAAAGGGUGAAAGGCAUAUCUAGCAUUCCAACUAUUUUUGCUGAGAAGGUCUGGAGUUAUGUUGAGGAAAUUGUUAUUUCUGUCAUGAUGCACCACUCUGAACACUAUUACCAGCUUCAGCUGUCUUUCAGGCGUGCUGGACAUAAUCUUAUAGCCAAGAUGAAAGAGCGCUCUAUCAACUGGGUCAUGGAAAUCAUUGAAAUGGAGAAGCAGACGGAUUAUACUUGUAAUCCAGAGUACUUAUCGGAUUGGAAUAAAUUAAUGGUUCAACAAGAUGCCUUCAUGACGUACGUCUUGACUAAUGUAGAUUGGCCUUCAAUAAUAAGGCUUGAAGGUUUCGGUGAGAUUGACGUUAGUCAUCUAAAGAAAUAUUCUCAUGUUCUACAACAGGCUUUUGAUUUGAAGAUGAGAAUGACAGCUUAUUGGAAGAUUGUGUUAAAGAGAUUGGUUGACUGUAUGGCUCUACAUUUACUGCUCAGUAUUGGAAACUUGGUGAACAAAGAGUUUGAAGCAGAGAUUGUUAAUGAGUUAAUGGGACCUGGUGGUGGGAUUGAAAGGAUGCUCGAGGAGUCACCUGCAGUUGCUUCAAAGCGACAGAAAAUAAACAAGAGUAUACAGCUGCUCAAAAAGUCCAAAGAAGUGGUUGCCAAGAUCAUGGACAAGAUCGGUACCUAUAAUGAUUAGGGUGUUUGCUAUGUUAUUUAAAUAAUUGCUAUGCUUUCAUGUUAACAAAGUAGUUUGUAAUAUAUGUAUUUGGUUUUGUUUUCCUUUCUAUGUAUUUGGUUUGCUUCACUUGAAACGGUGUAAGUUUAUUAUCUUUUUGUUAGUGGGGAGAACCAAUUUUAAUUUCAUGAACCUACUUAGCAGUUUUAAUU